AUGGAUUUCCCGGGGCGCUUCCCCCACGAGUUUGCGGGCUCCUCGAGCUUUCACGAUAUAAUGAACGACCCUGCCUUUGAUACAAAUAGAAAAGGGAAGGAGAGGGAAUACGAAGAACCGGAUACCUGUCGAAUCUGUCGCGGAGAAGCUACGGACCAGGACCAACUAUACUAUCCCUGCAAAUGUAGCGGUAGUAUAAGGUUCGUGCACCAACCUUGCCUCGUGCAAUGGUUAGCUCAUUCCCAGAAGAAGCACUGUGAGCUGUGCAAGACUCCGUUCCACUUUACAAAAGUAUACGACCCGGAUAUGCCCGAUAGCUUGCCGACGCUCUUGUUUAUGAAACAACUGUCCAUACAUUCGCUCCGGACUGUUAUUACAUGGUUGCGCUGGGUCCUCGUGGCGUUUGUCUGGCUUGGAUGGCUGCCAUGGUCGAUGAGGGCCAUCUGGAGGGCGUUGUUCUGGCUCGCUGAUGGUCGGUGGUCAGAUGGUGUUCCUCAGAAAAGCUAUCAAGGAAAUAAUGUGUCUGCGCCGAUUGAUGGUGCAACAUUAACGACAAGCUCUCUGGCUGUUGAAACCAGUUCGAUUGUGGCACAAUCCCCACUGGAUCCUGCCGCGUCAAUGUUCGGUUUCUCUUCAGGUGAACCUAUACUACUCAAACUUAUGAAAAAGGCCUUUUCUACGCUGUUCUUUCCCGCGAUGUCAUCGAGUUUUGGAUCUACCCAUUCAAACGUAACAACACUUCCGUACAAACGCCGACCGUCCUGGCUUUCGGACGUCAAGUUCCUAAACUCGUUGACUCCGUCACCGACAAUUAAUAAUAUCCUUCUUGACACACUAGAAGGCCAGCUCAUUACCUUGCUUGUCGUUAUCUCGUUUAUUCUUAUAUUCCUUAUCCGCGAAUGGGUUGUUCAACAACAACCUCUGGACAAUAUUGCUGAGGGAGAGCGUGAGGCUGCGGAUCAAUUAAUAGCAAAUAACCGCCCUCCCCCUCAUGCUGAAGCUCCCGAGCCAGAGCCCGAGCCGGAACCCGAACAUGAACUUGAGCAUGAGCGUCAGUACGAGCCUGCUCCCCGCGAAGAGUUACCGGAACCAGAUAUCCCACAAUACGAGGAAAGUGAGAUUCACGCCAACGAUGUUGCUGAGGAUAACUCGAGAAGUACCGAGUUACCGAGACCAGGUGUCGGACUUGAACUGCCUCCCCGUGGGCCUUUGCGGUUUGAGGCACCCCCGAAUAUACGGAAUUUGCUCGCGGAAGGGCCUGUCACACCUCCGAUUCGUCGGAAUCUUGAGAGCAAUGAUGGGUUUAAUUUCGAAGUUCCAGUCGCUCGGCAAACACCACAAAUGAACCAGCAACGACCUACUGUCAAUAUGGAGCUGUACAUGGAGCUCUGGCGCCGUACUCAGGGUGAUUCUCAGCAAAUGUUAAGACUUGUUCGUGAAGACCCUCGUUAUGCAGAACUUGCCUGGCAUGUUAAUGCUAUUAAUAGACAUACGCAAUUGUCUAAUAACUUUCCACGAUCUCGCCUUUCUGAUUUUACCGUAAACACAGACGGGGACGCGGAGGCCGAUGACGCUUUCACGCCGCCUCCAGAAGCCUCUUCGCAAAGCUGGCGUGUGCCCAAUAAUACCGAAGCCGACAGUUCCAACGCGUUCUUCGGUGGAUCCGCCGGUAGAAACAUGUCUUUUAACCCAGAAAUUCGAACCCAGCAGAUACCGGCUUCCAGAUCUGGCAACCUGGAAGCUGAAGCCCGGGAACGAGAGCCAGAACCGAGCCAUGAAACAGUGGAAAAUAGCGUGGACAGUGGAAUAGCUGGCUCGGACACCGCAGUUGCGGAUGCUGAUUCGGCUGAAGAUACACAGCCUCCGCCGGAAACCUCUCCGAACGCUGCCGAACAUCCUCAGGGCAUGACCAAGAGAGUGCUCGAUUGGUUCUGGGCCGACGUCAUCCCAGAAGAUUCGAACCAGGCACCCCAGCCAGAUGUGGACGAGGAGGUGGCGGACGAACCUGCUCUUGAAGGACCAUUGGAGCACGAAGCCGACGAUGGCAACUUCGAUGCCGAUGGUAUCGCCGCAGAUAACGCUGCCUUCCCCGAUAUGGGCGUUGACCCGAAUGAUUUUGAUGCGAUUGAAGAAGCUGAUGAUCUCGAGGGAAUUUUGGAACUUAUCGGCAUGCAGGGUCCGAUUUUUGGUUUAUUACAGAACGGUGUUUUCUGCGCCCUACUGAUCUCCUUUACCGUAGCCGCGGGAAUCUGGCUUCCUUACCUUGCCGGAAAGAUCGCACUUGUCCUUUUAGCGAAUCCUGUGCAAUUCGUCGUUGGUGUUCCUAUGACGGCGGUGUCAGUCUUUGCGGACGUGGUCCUCGACACCCUUAUUGGUAGUUUGGGCUAUGUCAUGUACUGGACAAGUUUAAUCAGCAAGCUGCUUCUUAGUCCUUUUGCAACUCUUGUCCCAUUGACAGAGUGGACUAAGCCCAUAACCAGUGCGUCGCUAUCGCUCAUUGAUGCCAGCAGUCAGAGACUGGGCAGUGUGAUGAAUACUUUCUUUGUCUUCCACGAGGCCGAUGUCCCCAUGUUCUCUGUCCUUUCACAUCAAGCCUUGAAGAUUCAUGAAGCGCGAAUUGCCUCGCUGAUCCACAUAGUCUUCUUGCUGGGGAAGUUCAUUCUUCAUGACAUUCCCCUGCAGAUUGGGUCGCUUUCAUUGUCCAAGGUCAUCUCGUUCAGCUACGAUACGGCAAGUGUCGGUGAUGGACUCACUUCGGCUCGGGACGAGGUUUAUGAUGCCGGCUACGACAUAUAUACUCGAUUUUUCUCGGCUCCAGCGGCUUGGGCUAGCCCGCAUGUGACUGGGCUUACCACGAAUGGAACAAUCGACUACAAUUUGGUAGUCUGGGACACAAAGGAUCGCACGAUCGCUAUCUUUAUGGGUUACCUUCUCGCUUCAAUCGUGGGUUUGGUUUAUCUUAGAGUGGCCCGAUUUGUCUCUGGAACCGACCGAGGGCAAAGGGUUGAGGGCAUGGUUGCAGAAGGGCUUCACCAAGCCGGCGGGGUCAUGAAGGUCAUUCUAAUCAUCGGCAUUGAGAUGAUAGUCUUUCCACUAUAUUGUGGGGCUUUGCUCGAUAUAGCAUUACUACCUCUUUUCGAAAAUGCUACAUUUUCAUCUCGAAGUCUCUUUACAUCGACAUACCCGCUCACCUCCCUCUUCGUCCAUUGGUUUAUUGGAACUUGUUAUAUGUUCCACUUUGCUCUCUUUGUCUCCAUGUGCAGGAAGACUAUGAGAAGCGGUGUCCUCUAUUUUAUUCGUGACCCUGAUGACCCUACUUUCCACCCUGUGCGUGACGUACUCGAGCGGAACAUCACUACGCAACUCCGCAAGAUCGCCUUUAGUGCGCUUGUAUAUGGCGCUCUUGUCAUUGUUUGCCUUGGUGGAGUUGUUUGGGGCAUUUACUACGGCUUCGACGGCGUCCUCCCGGCGCAUUGGUCAUCCAAAGAACCAGUGCUCGAGUUCCCAGCAGAUCUCUUGUUCUAUAACUUUGGCAUUCCUUUGGCCAUCCAAGCUUUCAAACCCUCGGAUGGGCUACACAACUUGUACAGUUGGUGGUUCCGGAAAUGUGCUCGCUUCUUACGCUUGUCAGAUUUCUUCUUCGGCGAGAGACAUACUGACGAAGAAGGGAGGCGUCCACAGGUUUGGUGGAGCUUGCUGUUAGGCAGCAAGCCAAAUGAUGAACCAACUGCCACUGGAGAGGAUCAACAAUCCGACGCUGAUGAAAAACAUGUGGAAAACCUUCCCAAAGUGGAUGGAAAAUUUGUUAGGGUCCCGGCUUCUGACCAGGUCCGCAUCCCUAAGGGGAGCCCGGUGUUUUUGGAAGUGACUGAGACGAACGAACGAGUUGACGGAAAGCCUGAAAAUGACCAAGGACUUCACGGCCGAGGAAAUGACCAAUUUACCAAGGUUUAUGUCCCGCCGUUCUUCAGAACCAGAAUUGCAGCUUUCAUUUUCUUGAUCUGGAUGUUUGCGGCUGCGACGGGAGUAGGCGUCACCAUUGUUCCUUUGGUUAUUGGCCGCAAGAUUAUGUCUUUCUACGUCCCGGGUCGGCCAGUGAAUGACGUUUACGCCCUGUCUGUAGGCAUGGGCGCUGCUUGUGGUGUUGCCUGCCUUCUCGCAUUUUGUCGGUCUUGUUUCCGUGCGCUGACAGGCCGCCUCGGACCGUACCUACGCUCUCCCUUGGAAGCAUCUCGUGAAGCAGCGGGCGUUCUAGUCCGUGGUCUUCAAAUUCUCUACAUUGGUGCCGCAUUCGUGAUAUUCCUGCCGGCAGUUUUUGCUCUUACAAUAGAGCUCUACGUUCUUGUCCCGAUCCACACAUACCUUGGCCGCGAACAAGAUCACGUUAUCCAUUUCGUCCAAGAUUGGGCCCUGGGCGUGCUUUACGUUCAGAUGGCAGUAAAACUAGCCCUGUGGCAUACCAGGUCCCGACCAGCUGCAGUCUUGAACGGUCUCUUCCGUGAUGGCUGGCUCAAGCCGAACGUCAAGCUCGCGACUAGAGCUUUGCUCCUCCCAAUUACCCUUCUUGCCAUAGUUGCAGUCACAUUACCCCUAUCCUUCGGCUUCGCAUCGAACUCGUUAAUAUUCUCUGCCAGCCCCGAGCUACAACCAAUGGUCUACCGCUACGCGUAUCCGGUCACGAUGGCGAUGGGACUCAUGGUCUGGUUCUUCUACCUGGUUUGUCGCCAGGUCGAAGUAUGGCAAGUGAGCAUCCGAGACGAGUUCUUCCUGAUCGGAGAACGCCUUCACAACUUUCGAGAGAAGCGGGCCCGAGAAGUUGGCGUUCCCCGACGAGUGAUAACUGGAUAA